UCAUCAAUCCCCUCGUUCUGUCCAUGAUGUUAUGCCCGCCGGACCUGAUGAUCCCCCCGAGCACGUUAUGCUCGACGAGAAUGUUAACUCUCAAGGACAUGAAUUUUACCACAUUGGUGCUUUCGAGGUUUCGCCAAAUCAUGAAUUGGCUGCCUAUGCAGAAGACACAAAGGGAGAUGAAAUUUACACCGUUCAUGUCAUUAAUGCUGACACUAAAAUCCCUGUUGGGAGCCCUCUCACUGGUGUUACAUCCGCUGUUGAGUGGGCUGGCAAUGAUUAUUUGGUUUAUAUAACUUUGGAUGAGAUUCAUCGUGCUGAUAAGGUGUGGUUGCAUAAGCUGGGGACAGAUCAAUCAACUGACACUUGCCUAUAUCAUGAGAAGGAUGAUAAAUUUUCUUUGGAUCUUCAUGCUUCAGAAAGUGAACAUUAUUUGUUUGUUGUAUCUGACAGCAAACUGACAAGGUUUGUGCUCUAUAUUGAUGUUUCUAAGCCUGAAGAUGGUGCUAAGGUUUUGACACCUCGAGUAGAUGGCGUUGAUACAUCAGUCACCCAUCGCGGAAAUCAUUUUAUUAUCCAGAGACGAACUGAUGAGCUUUUCAAUUCAGAGCUAGUAGCCUGUCCAAUGAAUAACAUUUCUGACACUACAGUUCUUAUACCUCAUAGGGAAAGCGUGAAAAUUUGGGACACACGAGUCUUUGCUGACCAUCUAGUUGUAUUUGAGCGUCAAAAUUGCCUUCCCAAAAUCACAACGUUUCAUCUUCCACCUGUUGAUGAGCCACUUGUGAGCCUUAAAGGUGGUCAGACUGUUGACUUCAUUGACCCUGUAUAUACUGUAGACCCAGAAGAAUCAGAAUUUUCUUCCAGCAUUUUGAGGUUUUCAUAUAGCUCGUUGAAGACACCGCAUUCUGUGUAUGAUUAUGAUAUGAACACGGGCACUUCUGUCUUGAAGAAGAUAGAUACAAUAUUGGGAGGUUUUGAUACAUCUAAUUAUGUUACUGAGAGGAAAUAUGCCACAGCUUCAGAUGGCAUUCAGAUUCCUAUGUCUGUUGUUUACAGGAAAGAUCUCGUGAAACUUGAUGGGUCUGAUCCUUUAUAUCUUUAUGGCUAUGGUUCAUAUGAGGUAUCGAUAGAUCCAACAUUCAAGGCAUCAAGGCUAUCCUUAUUGGAUCGUGGUUUAAUCUUUGUAAUAGCUCAUAUUCGUGGAGGUGGUGAAAUGGGGAGGCAGUGGUAUGAGAACGGGAAGUUUCUGAAGAAAAAGAAUACUUUCACAGAUUUUAUUACUUGUGCAGAGUAUUUACUAGAACAGAAGUACUGUUCCAAGGAAAAACUGUGCAUUGAAGGAAGGAGUGCAGGGGGAUUACUUAUUGGUUCUGUUCUUAAUAUGAGGCCCGAUUUGUUUAAGGCUGCUGUUGCAGGAGUACCUUUUGUGGAUGUUCUGACAACUAUGCUUGACCCGAGUAUUCCUCUUACCACUGAAGAGUGGGAGGAAUGGGGCGACCCUCGGGAGGAGGAAUUCUACUUCUACAUGAAGUCAUAUUCCCCUGUUGAUAAUGUUAAGCCUCAAGAUUAUCCCCACAUCCUUGUUACAGCUGGCUUACAUGAUCCUCGGGUUAUGUAUUCAGAACCUGCAAAGUUUGUGGCAAAGCUGAGAGAAUUGAAAACUGAUGAUAAUUUACUGCUGUUCAAAUGUGAACUCGGUGCUGGACAUUUUUCCAAGUCGGGAAGAUUUGAGAGGCUUCAAGAAGAUGCAUUCAAGUAUACAUUUCUAAUGAAGGUUCUAAAUAUGACUCCUCCUGACCUCGGCUCUGGCGGCAGCCAGAAGUGACGAUGAGCUUUUUAUGUCUCGACGAACUCUCUAAAUUCUCAAGAAAAAACGAUAUGAAAUAGCUCUGUUUUAGGACAUGAACUAUUUGUUUGCAUUAUGGAACUGAUAGAAGGAUUAUGAUAUAUGUUAGGUUAGAUAUAUUGAUCCUCAUCAUAUCCCAUACCAUGCCUUGAAUCGAGUGUGUAUUACUCUUUUACGAGUCGGAUUUCAUUUCCAUUGCA